ACUUCAAGUUAGUGCGUGUACCUCAGCUACCACCCCACCCCACCCCACCCCAACAACAUAGCGACAGUUCUUCCUUCUUUAAUCCUCUCAAUCCUUAUUCUCGUAGGAUCUACUUUAUCUGAAUGCAAUCCUUCAGUCAUGGCAGGCGCAGCGGCGACGCCCUCACAUAUCCAACAACUAUUAAUCAGUCUGGUGAUGAAAAUACCAUGUCCAAGGAACGACCAGUGAACUUGAAAGGUACUCAGGCAGGUAUGGAUACCGAUGAGCCACUGUCAACCCAGCAAGAAAAGAGUAUGCCGCCGGAUCCAUGUCUUCGUUGAACCUUGUUCAAUUUUUCUUAGUGGCUUUCUAUAUGGUCGAAGCCCAAAGACUCGCAGGUAGCUUGCAGCCUCAAAUGGAGAAACUGAUCAAAGAUGAAAUAUCUUUGCCCUUAUGGGAGCCCGCAUUCAAUGUGCCAAAUUUGGAGGUUCCGCAAAAACACAAAGAUUUCAUUCACAGCCUGAAAAUACCUCGAGCUCGAGCUCCUCACGACCAUCUCCCUGACAUGUUGUUAUAUGAGUUGGGUCGGUUUCAGCAAGAUGAACACUUGAAAGCCCGUUUACGGGGUUUGUUUACAAAGCACUCCAAUCACAAGAUAUUUGUCAACACUUCUGGUGCUGGAAAAACCAGACUUGUUUUGGAGCAUUUGUGUUCCAAUUGGGGCCUCUAUUUCUCUUGUCAUAAUGAUUCUCAUGUUGGUUCCAAAGACGUGCCUUCCGCCAUGUCAAACAUCAGACAGGCUUUGUUCGGAAGCACACUUCCACACGCACCAAGUCUUUUGGUUACAUCUGCGGAUAUCGCUGUUCAUGCCCGCCAUACAGGAAAGAUGUUCAAAAAAGUGAAGAGUUCCGUCAAGCCCUUGAAAAAAAUCAACAGCUUGCUUGCUCCGAGCUUCUUGUCCCAUUACUCUCUCGGUUGCUUGUCUUCCAGCAAUACAUCAUUGCCAUUCAGAAGACAAAAAAAGAUUUGAGUCAAAUGGAUCACAAACGUCGAUGGCUGCAUCUGCAGCUACAUCCUCAUUUGUUGAGCAGCAGUGGUAGUGACGGAGAUGAUCCUUUCAAGCAGCUCAGCAAGGAUCUCAUUGCCUGGUUUGAGAGACAGGGCAUCGAUUUAUCCCAGAAAAUACGCAUCAUGCAGUUUCUUUCACAGGAAAUACUGGUAUGGAUGAGGCAGACUUUAGGCCAGGCAAAUAAAUCCACACCAAUUUACAUCGUGAUUGAUGAAUGCCAG